UUUGACUUUUUACGUGGAGUUAAAAGCAUAAAUUGUCACUCUAUUAUCCAUUUUUUCAAAUCUAUCCCUCUACUAUUUUUCACAUCAAACAUGCCCGCGUACUAUAUAGUAUAUACGUUUUAACAAAUUAAUUUUAUCCCCAUUUUGUGGUUUAUUUUCUUCUUUGGCAACUCUCAAUAAUUAAUAGACACAAUCUCAUCAUCCAUCUGUUCCACUUCUCUUCCUUCGACCCAACAAUAAAUAAACGCAAAAACUUAUCUGUCACGAAAGAACCUUGAUGACCGACUUUUGAAUUUCAACCACUCUCUGAAAGUCCACAAUUAUUGAUCGAUUCGAACCAAUCAUAAAAAGUUGAACGCAAAAUUUUUAGAAUAUAUGGAUCUCAAAUUAUCAAAGUUUGUCAACCUGGUUUAGCCCGUUGGUCCAGUCGAUUAAGUGGGUUCAGGGUUAUAGGUUCAAUCGUUUUAGUCCGCUUUUGCCCGGAUCUAUAAAAAAAUCAUUAUAUUGUUCAUAUAUUUAUAAUUUACAUAAAAUCCCAUCUACAUAUGGAUAAUAUUCUUACUCACUCAUACUAUCUACAUUUGUUUCUCUACCUGCUACUUUCCUCUAUCCUCCUUCGCGCUCAUAAAAAGCACUCCAACAACAUGUAUUCAUCAUGUGAUAAAGGUCGCUCUCCCAUGGCGACAGUGUGUGUGUCAGAUGUGGACUUAAUGAGGAAUAACCAAGUGAGAAUUGAGCGUGGGGGUAUUUGCGAGGGAAGGCAAUAUGUGAUAGAAGACGAGUUUUGUCAGUAGUCUCUUUGUCUACAGAAUUAACUCAACGGAUUUAACUUACCAAUUCGCGGUGCGGGAGCUAGAAUGGGAGCGUAAAAGAGUAUAUUAUUCUCAAAUUAUAAUUUGAGUGCCCCGAAAGAGCGUGAAUAUUAUAUUAUUUUAAUUAAUAUAUCAUUUAACUUACUAACAUGGUUUGGUCAAAAUAUCACAACAAUGCAGCGGGAAAAUAAAAAUAUUUUAGUAGUAUAAUAGCUUCAAAUAAUCUGAUUAGACCCGAAAAGGAAACAGACUUCAAAAGUUGAAUAAAAACCCACCAAAGUUUACGAUGUUGUUUUUAAUUUUUUAUUGGAUUUUUUAAAAGGAAAAGAGAAAUGAAUGCAUUGUUUAUCCACCCUCAUACACUCAAUUAGUUCUUAACAAAAGAGUCUAUAUCUUUUUCUUCCCCUUGAAUUUUAUUUUUCUAAACCUAUGCUGGAGAUCUCUUGUAUAUGUACCAAAUUCGCAAAGUCUAUAUUAUAUAUCAUCUAACUAACCUCCUAUCCUUUUAUUUAGCCCCAAACCCGUAAUUUGAUGAUCUAAUUCACAGUCCUCAUUCACGAACUCGUGGUGUAUCCUUUUCGUCUUUGCUCUCCAAAUCUUUAGCAACACCGCAUUAAUUCCUUUCUCCCACGAAGAAGCACUCAUCAUCUUCGAGUAAAAGCUAUUGAUUUGGCUAUAACUUGUUUCAUUUUACUUUGUUAUUAAAUUUAUCUCUCUACUAUUUUUCACAUCAAACAUGUCCGCGUACUAUAUAGUAUUAUACGUUUUAAAAAAUUAAAUUUACCUCCAUUUUUGUGGCUUAUCUUCUCCUAUCCUUUUAUUUAGCCUCAAGCCCGUGAUUAGAUGAUCUAAUUCAGUCCAAAUUCACGAACUCGUGGUGUAUCCUUUUUCAUGUUUGCUCUCCAGAUCUCUAACGGCAUCGCAUGAAUUCCUUUCUCCCACGAAGAAACGGGUCAUCGUCUUUGAGUCAAAACCGUUGAUUGGGUUGUAACUGGUUUCAUUUUACUUUGUUAUUAAAUCUAUCCCUCUACUACUUUUUUACAUCAGACAUGCUCGCGUACUAUAUAGUAUAUACGUUUUAACAAAUUAAAUUUACCCUCAUUUUGUGGCUUAACUUAUCCGUCUGCAACUCUCAAUAAUUAAUAGACACAAUCGCAUUAUCCAUCUAUUCCGCUUUAAUUUCUCUUCCUUCAACCCAACAAUAAAUAAACGCAAAACUUGUCGGUCACGAAAGAACCCUGAAGACCGACUUUUGAAUUUCAACCAGUUUCUGAAGUUCCACAAUUAUUGAUCGAUUUGACUCAACCAUAAAAAUUGGAACCCAAAAUUUUUAGCAUAUCUAGAUUUGAAAUUAUUAAAGGUUGUCAACCCGAUUUAGCACGUUGGUUCGGUCGAUUAAGUGGGUUGAGGGUUAAUGGUCCAAUCGUCUUAGUCCGCUUUUGCCCGAAUAUAUGAAAAAGUCAUUAUAUUUUUAAUAUAUUUAUAAAUUAUAUAUAAUCUCAUCCACAUAUGGAUAUUCUUCCUCGCCCGGACUAUCUAUAGUUGUUUAUCUAUCUGCUAUUGUCCGCUAUCCUCCUUCGAGCUCCUAAAAAGCACUCCAAUAACAUGUAUUCAUCACGUGAUGAAGGUCGUACUCCUAUGGCGACGGUGUGUGUGUCAUGAUUGGAAUUAAUGAGGAAUGGCCAAGUGGGAAUUGAAUGUGGGGUGUAUGCGAGGGAAGGCAAUAUGUGAUGGAAGGCGAGUUUUGCCAGUAGUCUCUUUGUCUACAGAAAUAACUCAACGGAUUUAGCUUACCAAUUUGCGGAAUGGGAGCUAGAAUGGGAGCGUAAGAGUGUAUAUUAUUCUCAAAUUAUAAUUUGAGUGCCACGAAAAAGCGUGAAUAUUAUAUUAUUUUAAUUAACAUAUCAUUUAACUUACUAACAUGGUUUGGUCAAAAUAUCACAACAAUGCAGCGGAAGAAUAAAAAUAAAAUUAUUUU